UUCGACUUCACGAUCUUGUGAGUCUCAACUGGAUCAAGCUCAGCCCAAAGUUCAGGGGCUCGCUCGACGUUCGGGGUUAGGGUUAGGGUUCCAUGGACAGCCGGAUAGCGGGAACAUUUUCAUCCGGUCAGGCCUCGCCGGGUCCCGUCCAUAGGUACCUAGCCCCACCAAUUCUCAAUGCCCCGCCUUCCACUUCGAAUUUCUCUCGAGUCACGCAUCUGACCCCUCCACAAGAAAUCAUCCUCAAGAAUCUACAACUUGAAUAUCGUCAUGGGCAGUAUCGACAUCGAGGGGCUGGCCUCCCAGCUGUCAGUUUCGGACUACAAAACGGUCGAGGCGCUGCUCGCCCAGCUCGACAAGUUCCUCACUCUUCGAACCUAUUUGAGCGGCUACGAGCUCGGCUUGUCUGAGAAGAACACAUGGGCUACUCUGCUUAAAAAUAAGGUCGCAUCUGGCAUCAUCCGCAAAGGGGGCUUCCCCAAUGUCACCCGCUGGUUCAAUUACAUUGAAGCUGCGCACCCGGAGAUCAAGGAAGAGGUCAACAAGGAGGCCAAGGCGAAGCGCGCGGCAGGCGGCCCACAAGGCGCGAACUACGACAUUGGAUUGAAAGACACCGAAAAUGGCGUGGUGACCAGGUUCCCACCUGAGCCUUCCGGCUAUUUGCAUAUCGGUCACGCCAAGGCCGCCUACCUGAAUAACUACUUCGCUCACGAAGCCUUCAAGGGGAAGCUGAUUGUUCGAUUCGACGAUACGAACCCAUCACGAGAGAAACAGGAGUACGAGGAUAGUAUCGUCCUCGAUUUGGAAUCGCUAGGCAUCAAACCGGACCGGGUGACACACACAAGCGACUAUUUCCAGGAGCUGUACGAACUCGGCGAGCAGAUGAUACGCGAGGGCAAGGCCUACGCCGAUGACACCGAUCCUGAGGUGCAGAAGGAAGACCGCAAAAACCGUCGCCCGAGCAGCCGGCGGGACCGCCCUCCCGAAGAAAGUCUCGCCGCUUUCAAGGAGAUGAAGGAAGGGACAGAAUUUGGCAGAAAACACUGCAUCAGAGCUCGUAUCACCUUCGAUUCGAACAACGGCGCUAUGAGAGACCCUGUCAUGUAUCGAUUCCCCAACUUCGGAGACAAGGAACCCCAACCUCACCACCGCACUGGUUGGACGUGGCAAAUCUAUCCGACAUACGACUUUGCGUGCCCGCUUGUCGACAGCAUAGAAGGCGUUACCCAUGCCCUGCGCACGACGGAAUACGCCGACCGGAUCGAGCAAUACCACUGGUUUAUCGAGGCGCUAAAUCUCCGCAAGGUCAACCUUUGGGAGUAUGCGCGUCUUAAUUUCAUCAGGACGUUCUUGUCGAAACGGAAGCUUACAAAGGUCGUGGAUACGAAGAGGGUAGACGGGUGGGAUGACCCCCGCAUGCCAACGAUCCGCGGAAUUCUGCGUCGUGGCUUAACUCCCGCUGCUCUCCACGACUUCAUGCUCAAGCAAGGGCCAAGCCGCAAUGUCGUCACCAUGGACUGGACAACCCUCUGGGCGGUAAACAAGAAGAUGCUAGAUCCUGUCGUUCCGCGACACGUGGCCAUCUAUAAGAAGGACAUCGUUGCGGCCACGAUCGCCGGCGGGCCGGAGACACCGUACAGCGAGGAGAAGCCCAAACACGUCAAGAACGCCGCGCUUGGUACCAAGAGCGUGACGUUUGGGAACAAGGUCUAUCUUAAUCAGGCGGAUGUAGCAACAUUCAAGCCUGACGAAGAGAUUACUCUGAUGGGCUGGGGAAAUGCAAUUGUGAGGCAGCUGAACAAAUCGGAAAGUGCUGUCACGGAUGCCCAACUAGAGCUGCACCUGGAAGGGGACUUCAAGACCACAGAGAAGAAGGUCACCUGGCUGGCGGUGGAGGGAAGCAAGCUCGUCGAGGCCGAGUUGUGGGAGUUCAGCCACCUUCUCACCAAGGACACGCUGGAGAAGGAUGAUGAGCUGGACGAUUUCCUAGCUCCAGUCACGUCCUCGAUGGCGGAAGCACUUUGCGAUGCCAACCUAGCCGGCUUGAAGGAAAAUGACUUCCUCCAGCUAGAGCGUAUCGGCUACUUCCGCGUGGACAAGCCCGUUGGUCAGGGACCCCAAGGCCGAGCAGUGCUGUUCAAGAUCCCGACCGGUGGCAAGGAGUGACGAACGCACGGGACGGGGACAAGUUAGUUGAUAGGCGAAACCCCUUUUAGUGGUGAAUUUAUAUUGGAUGCGCUGCUAUCAACACUGAUGUCAUUGCCAUGGUAUUGCGAAUCAACAAGUGUUAGCCGUACACUCCCUACGUAGUGUAGGUAGUUUGUGUAGUGCCACACACGUAUCCGGGCUAGUCUUUCU